AUGUGCAUGGUUAGUUCACCGCAAUAUGAUGGCGAGAAGCGGGUGUACUCCACGCCGGAGACCGGGAAGUGGUGGGAAAAGUUGCAGGCGGAGGUUCGUAAGGUGGACCCGGAGGGCGUGGUGGCUGCUUUGAUACUUGCGAGUGACGAAACACACAUGGACCAUCGUGGCAAGGCCAAGGGCCAUCCGAUGUACCUAACACUUGGAAACAUCGACAAGGACGAUCGAUGGAAACCGUAUGGACACGUCCUCCUUGCACUUCUCCCUGAGUACCCGCCAGAGUACUCGUCUCUUGACAGAACGGAUGUCUUCCAUUACGUCAUGAACGAUGUAAUGGCGGGCCUCAAGAGAGCAUCGCACACGGGGGUUAAGAUGAAGAAUGCAAAGGGCGAGACUAUCCAUGUGUGGCCGUCAGUGUACGCCCACAUCACGGAUUACCCGGAGUCUUGCAAGGUUACAUGCACGAAAUCUCUCGGCACCACAUAUCCGUGCUCCUUGUGCAAGGUACAUAAGGACGAGCUCAAGCGGUUUGAGUUCCGGAUUAAGCCUAGAACUCCCUCCGAGCAAAACCGUGUCGUGCAAGGGAUGAAGCGUGGCACCAUUGACCCCGAAACUAACGAGGCUCUCUCCACACACCCCGUUAAGAGUUACCUAUGGGGUUGGAGAACAAGGCCAACGUGUAUGCCACCUACCCCCUCUCUGGCCCCUCCUAACAUUCUCUGCCCUAUCACCCCGUCUCUGCCCCCACACCAUGGUCUCUGCCCCGUCAUCACGUCUCUGCCCCAUCCCUACCUUCCAUGCCCCAUCGUCCCUUCUCUGGCCCUCGUGUAUUUUUCUGCCCCACCAUCGCAUUCUCUGGCCAUCCAUCCCAUUCCCCGCCCCAUCACCCAUUCUCUGCCCCCACACCAUGGUCUCUGCCCCGUCAUCACGUCUCUGCCCCAUCCCUACCUUCCAUGCCCCAUCGUCCCUUCUCUGGCCCUCGUGUAUUUUUCUGCCCCACCAUCGCAUUCUCUGGCCAUCCAUCCCAUUCCCCGCCCCAUCACCCAUUCUCUGCACCCACACCAUGGUCUCUGCCCCAUCGUCAUGUCUCUGCCCCACGACUACCUUCCAUGCCCCAUCGUCCCUUCUCUGUCCUCUCGUGUAUUUUUCAGCCCCACACUCGCAUUCUCUGGCCAUCCAUCCCAUUCCCCGCCCCAUCACCCAUUCUCUGCCCCCACACCAUGGAUGCUACAUGGCCUGCGCGAGGCGUUUGCUCAACCUUCAGAAUGGAACUUCAUAAAAAUGCACCUCAUCAGUCACUACAUGGACUGCAUUGAGCGCGCCGGUCUACCAGAGCACUACUGUGCGCAGCUGUACGAACACCUCCACAUAGAGUUCAUCAAGAACCCGUACCGUGCAUCGAACAAGCGGAAUGUGAAUGCCCAGGUCGUGCAGAGCGAGGAGAUGAGGCUGCGAAUCGCGUCCUUGGCCCCGUCGUUGGAGCGGAAAAAGAAGUACGACACGGCGAUGGUCAGGGCCCAACGCACAGGGGAGCGCAUUCUCUCCCGCAGGAGUUGGUGCCUGCACGUGCCCGAUACACCCGAAUCCCCUCCAUAUGUCUUUCCAUUCGCACCACAGGCUUCAAGGGACGUACCCCUACAGAAUGCCAUUGGGCCAGAUCUUGCACACUUAAGGGGCGCACUCAAUGCCGCCCCUGGGUGUGCAGGACGCGGCAGCGAGUUCAAACACAUCAAUGUGAGUAAUGUUGCACCCCAAUAG